AUGGACCGUAAAGAAAAGCAAAAGACUACAGCGUCGGUGGAGCAUGCUCGGAUGUUGCAAAAUGAAAUACAACAGCUGUUUGCUCAGUUACAGAAUAUAAAUUCUCAGAUUCGCAGCGACCUUAACGAGUUUGAACAAAUAAAGGAAUCAUCUUCAGAAGCGAAUUCUACCGCGAACAGUACAUAA